AUGGCUCCUCGCAAGAAUCGUGGAGUCAGUCAGCUCUCGAAAAUGAUCAUAGAGAGAAAUAACUCUCUUGUCUGUAGCUUCACCAGCUUGCCAAGUGGAAUGUUCGGUUUCCAAAAGUUCCUUCUGAAUCUGAGUCUGUUGGUCGAUAUCGUCUUCAUCGCUGGUUGCCUUCUCAACUAUGUCAGUUUCCAUGUUGGAUAUAAUUUUUACGCUGUUUCGGUGUCGUUCGUCCACGUCGGAGCUGUCUUUGUCUGCAUUGUGAUCCUUAUUUCGACAGUGUAUGCUUCCUAUGGGCUGGUUGUGAUGAAUCUUCGCAAGCUUUGCUGCGUGCUCUUUAUCUGGUUCGGACACCUUGCUUGCGCUGUUUUCUUCCUCAUCGCCGUCUUCAUCGCAUGGAUCCGUGACUUCAACUUUGACCCAUUCUCCAUCCAACAAUCCACUUGCCGCUUCACCCGUAUUCCUGAUGCCUGUGACGUCUCGCUCAAGCAAUACCUGGCCGCCGUCUCUGCAUUUGUCAUCGGACUCGCUGCUUUUAAAUUCGCACAAAUUCUGUGUCUCCGCGCUUUGUGCAUCUUUAGUCAGGAAGUGUUCCAAUAUGUCGACUGCGAGGCCUUCUAUAAUCGCUGCCUCACUGAGCCGGAUGUUCGCCGUCGCAAAGCUGCAAAACGUGCUCAAAAAGAUGCCGAUCCCUCCAGCACCAACGCCGACGAUAGUGAGAGUGACGAUGAAGAUAUGGUUGUUUUCGAGCGUGUCACCGGCCGCUACCCGGGAGGCAGUGGAAUCAAAGACAACAGCAUCGCCUGA